AUGCUGACGCACCUGCGUGUCGACUGCAGGUUGGGCUUCACUGGCCGCUCGGCUUCAGACAAGGACCCCCCGUCCCUGGACACAGCCAUUCAGCACGCCCUGGCAGGCCUCUAUCCCCCUUUUGAGGCCACAGCGCCCACCAUCCUGGGGCAGGUAUUCCGUCUCCUGGAUUCUGACUUCCAGGGGGAUGGGCUGAGCUUCCUCCUGGAUUUCCUCAUUCCUGCCAAGCGCCUGUGUGAGCAAGUGCGUGAAGCAGCCUGUCUAGGAGCCAAUCACGCCUAUGCUUUUAUCCAGGAGGAAGUCCUGGAUAAAAGACAUCCCUGCGUGAUGGCCCCUCGGAGCCUGUCCUGGGGCUGGCAUUGUGGGCAACACCAGGCUGCCUUGGCUGAAGCGGCCAACAGGCAUGUACUGAGCACCUACUGGAUGCCAGGAGCCAUACUUAGGAUAAAUCAGGAAACAGGUAAGAAUCUUUCCUGCCAGCAAGGAGUGGCCGUGCUGCAGAAGGAGCUGGAGAAGAUCACCAUCCCCACCUCCUCAGGAAGCUUCAAGAUCAAGCAUCUUGGGAAAGGACAUUAUAGCUUCCACAGCAUGGCUAUCCGUGGAUUCCAGCUUCCCAGUUCCCAGAUAAAACUAGCUCCCAGUGAGGGCCUCGAUCUCUCCAUCGCAAACGCCAAUGUCAAGAUGAGUGGAAAAUGGAAGGCACGAAAGAACUUCAUCAAAACCAGCGGCAACUUUGACCUGAGCGUGGAGGGCGUCUCCAUCUCGGCCGUUCUGAAGCUGGGCUUUGACCCCGCCUCCGGCCACUGCACCGUCUCCUGUUCCAGAUGCAGCAACCACAUCAACAGUGUCCGUGUGCACAUCUCAGGCAGCAGCCUGGGGUGGCUGAUCAACCUCUUCCACGAAAAAAUGGAGUCUUCGCUCCGAAACAGGAUGACCAGCGAGAUCUGCAAGGUGGUGACCAGUUCCGUGUCCUCCAAGCUGCAACGGUAUUUAGAGACGCUGCCAGUGACAACUCGAAUAGAUCAUGUCGCUGGGAUCAAUUACUCACUGGUGGCACCUCCAACAGCCACGACUGACAGCCUGGAUGGGCAGCUGAAGGGGGAGUUUUUCAGGUGGGCCCACCCCAGUCCCCCUCCCUUUGCCCCUCCGCCACUGGCCUUUCCCAGCGACCACGACCGCAUGGUGUACCUGGGCAUCUCCAACUACUUCUUCAACACAGCGGGAUUCGUGUACCAACAGGCCGGGGUCCUGAACCUGACCGUCACGGACAACGUGAUACCAAAGGAAUCCAAAUUCCGACUGACAACCGAUGUUUUUGGAAUCUUCAUACCCCAGGUAAGAAAGAGUCUGUUCCCCUUUGGUCCACUCAUGAGGCAUCCUGGGGCUACCCUGGAUGCCCAGGCCUUUGCUGUCCUCCCAAACUCCUCCUUGGCCCCCCUGUUCGUGCUUCGCCUGAGCAUGAACAUUUCUGUGACGGUCGGAGCCACGCCUGACAGGCUUGUGGGACAGGUCAGUUUGAACAGAAGCCACGGCAUGCUGAUUUUGUCUUACACACGGCCCAAUCUCCCAGGGGGCAUCCUGUUGAACCCCUGGAGAGCAUUUUCUCGGAUCCCUGAAAUGCCCCCCAAGAGCCCCACCAAGUGGGUUGAAGUGCUGCAGGCUGUCAUGAACUAUGUUGUACCCAUUGCUGUGAUUCCCAAGAGUUCCUGCCCAGGCCUCUGCCCUCCCCCACUGUUGGCUUUCCCUGCCCACUUGCCCCAAGCCAGCAGCCGCCUUUGUGCCACCCAGUGA